AAGAAGAGAUUCUGCAGUCUAAGUUACAGGGCUUUCGGUGGACAACUCAUCUACGACUUUGGGGUGCGCAAGGGCGUGGUCGAACGCAGAUCGACCUCCACGCUCGGCCAGGGAGGACGGCAAGCUAACCUUGACUGAAGGGUGGGGUUAACUAAGGCAAACAUCUCGUCGCCAUCUCGCAGGUUGGUUUACUUUGCUUCUGCAACGCCGCCUUCCCCUUCCGGCACAGCACCAUCCCAACAUCAAGAUGGACACCCCCGCUGUUCCCAUGCCGAAGGAUGAGCGAGAGCGGCAGAUUCUCGACAGGCUCACAGUCAUCCGAGACAACCUGCUGCUUCUGAAGAGGGACCGAACAAAGUACAUCAGAUCCCAGGAUGUCAUGACCCUGUACGACCAGCUCGUGGAGCAGGUUAAGCAGCUGAACGAGAUUCGAAAGGGAGAGCACCAGGGAGAAAACCGAUUGGACAAGGUCCUCGAGAGUUGUUUCCAGCUCAUCUCGCUGUUCUUCAUGACGAUCGGACGUACAACCGAAGCGCCGGCGGCCUACGCCCUCACGUCUACCAUCAAACGCCUGCUGGACCAUCUGGCCGAAGCGAGGCUCUUCUCGUCCAAGGACCUCGACAGCAUAUCAAACACUCUCGGAAAGCUCGACGACAUCCUGAAGAAUGCCGAGUCAAAGCACUCGCCGUAUCUCGUGGAGCUCCUCGCUAAGAGGGAGGCGUUAUGCAAGUCCAUGCUGGACAACCUGCGUAAGCAGCUGGACCAGCUCGACGAGCCGCUGCAAGCGGUCUACGAGAAGCUGAUCUCUAUCAUACGGUCGAUGUCGCUUGCGAAUACCAAGGCAAAGUUCUCCACAUCGGAGGUCCAGAAGCUCAAGGCAAAACUGAAGGAAAUCGACGACAGCAUGGUGGACGGCAAGUUUGUAGAUGGAGAGGGAAAGGAGUUACGUGGAAGCGGCCUCGUGUCAGACCUGCUAAAGCGCUGCCUGAAGUGGUCGGACAUCGUGCUCGAGCGGCAGGGAGAAAUCCCCGAGGCGUUCCGGGACAAGUACAACGUCCUGAUCAACAUCCGCAACGAGCUCGAGAAGAUCUCGAUAACGCAGGCCUGGUCGCUGCGCGAGACGGACCUGUACGACUUCCAGCGCGAGCUGGAUAAGAUCGACGAGUCGCGCGUGGACGGCAACUUCCUGGACCAGGACGGCAAGCCGGCCGAGCUGUAUGUCCAGCGCACGCUGCUGUACCUCAUCCGCCGCAGCUACGGCUACAUCUACUACCUCAUGAUCUCGUCCGAGCCCGUCUCGGAGGCCCUGCUGCCCAUCUACAACCAGCUGCAGACGCUGAAGCGCUGUUUGAUCGAGGUCAAGAACUCCGGGGGCGUCAGCUCCGUGCGCGAGCUCUACCCGUAUAGCAUGAAGCUGAACUCGAUCGACAACAUGAGAGUGGACGGCAAGUUCAUGGUCGGCAACGACAUCCCCGAGGGCCAGGGCAGCGUCAGCGAGCUGCUGGCCGAGUGUUUCGACCUGAACUACGAGCUCAGGGUUGCCGCGGAGGAGCGGGAGGAGAGCGCGAAGACGCCUGAUGAUCAACAGGAGAGUGAGCAGGGAAGUGCUUAGUGAGGCGGUGGGCUUUUCAUCGGUCACGGUCGGGGGUUUUGUAUGACUAUGGCAGGGCUAUGUUUAUUAUUACGGCUUGUGCUGGAGGCAUGGCGUUACUAAGUAGGUCUAUGGCGGCGGUGUUUUCAAGGCGGCAACGCCGGUUAGUUAGCGGAGCAUUGGCGAGGUUUAUGUGGCUUUGAUUCAUCGCAGUACUCG